UAGUUUAUUAUCUCAUGUUCAGUUGUUUUCACCUAAAACCAGGAGUAAGAAGAAUCGACCAGGUAGUGGACAAAUCUGAGUCAACAACAACCUUAAGUGGGCUCGUGCAUCAUGAUCACACGAUCUGAGUCUCAGUUUAGAGGUAGAAUUUCGUCGAUACUUCAGGUGUUUGUGGAAGCAGCAGUGACAGAAAUAUGUGAGAUCAUUGACCUCGAAGUUGCUACUUUACGUGCUGAGUUGUCGAUGUGCCGCUCCGAGAAGGGCUCUGCAAGAGGAAAGUUACAGUCUACGGAAGAGAACAGUUCUUUUGGAAAUGAACGUGGAUUUGCAACACAAGAUUUUGAUGCUGGACCACACGAAAAUACUGGUCGUGUACAGGCUGAGAGGAAAAUAUUCAGAAACCAGGGAACUCCCAAAACAUCACAGCCUUGUGUCCUAUGGAACCAGCAGUGUGGCAGUGAAGAAACCAAAAAUGCCACUGUUAAAGGGUGCACAAGGAUGGAUGCUGUUUCAGUCAAAAAGGAAAUGCUGGAGGAGUCUGAGCAGCCGAACGAAGUGAAAGACAAACAGGAAGAGAUCACUGGUGAGAGUAUUUGCCUGACUGAUCCGAAUGAGGGCAUGAGCACUUCACCAACCCCUCAUACUGGGCUGGAAUGGCCUAAUUCUGAAGCCUGUGUCCAUGCCAACACUAAAUGUGGCUCCAAGUCUGAACCAGCGAACGUCUGUGCUGAGUCCACACUGUCUAAUGCCGAGACUACCGGCAGCAGACACAGCUGUUUGGACCGUAGCCAUGAAUGUGAGAACCUGCAUAUGUGGACCAGUGCUAUGUCCGAUAAGCAUUACGCUCAGUCAGGACAGCUCGUGCAAGACACGGACCUCCAACAUGAACAUGAACAAGAGGAAGAUGAAGAGGAAGAGGAAGAGGAGCAGGAUGUCACGCAUUUGACACACUGGACUAACCCAGCAUCUCCACUGAGAGGUCAAGCCCACCAUUCGGUGCAGUACUUACACGAAGAGCCGCCCGAGUCUGUGGGUGUUUUUGGCCUGAAUCUUCCUCCAGGCAGUGACCCCCUCAGUAUGAGAGGAGACCUCUCUGGCAGUCACCUCGGCAUGUCUUUAAACCACCUCGCAGACCUCGAGGGGAGGUUCAUCUGUCCCAUGUGUGGCAAAAUCCUACGAACUGACAGGGCGCUGCGGGCUCACAUGAAGGACCACACAACGUUGCACAUUUGUAAUCACUGUGGGAAGAGCUUCGCCAGGCUGACAAAUCUUCGAGUACACCAGAACAUCCACAUGGGAGUCAAGCCAUACACCUGUAAAUUUUGCUCGAAGAAGUUCAGCGACCCAAGCAACUACAACCGCCAUAAACAUCGCUGCCCAAAGUCAGAUCAUACCCAGUUCAGCUCCUAGUCUUCUGAAAACCCUAUGCCUGGGAGAAGUGACUCAUUGUGCCUUCUUACACACUUCUGGAAUUCCAACAUAAGCUUGUGGUCCAGUAUCAUAUCUGUAGAACCUGGACUUCCUACAGUAGAAAGAGAGCGUCUGCCUAUUACACAGUGACUUAGAUAUUCCAGAAACUACACAAACACUGAUUAUGUGUUCAAAACUGGGGUGGAAUGCCUGACCUCAUGCUCCUACACACUGUUAAAUAUUAUUUAUUGUCAGGUUGACAAGAGUGGAUAACCAACCUUGAUAUUUAUUCAAAUACAAUAAGGAGUUUGCAGAGCACCAUUUCAUUGUAAAUAUGUUGACAUUUGGGGUUGGCAAAAGUUUUGAAACAUGUUCUUCAGUCCCUCCAGGAUUUUUUUUAAAUCUUGCUAUUUCACAUAUUGCACACAAAUUCUAGGUUUUCCGGGUUGUACCUUUCUCUCAUUAUUACAAUAUUUCUGCAAAGACACGCAGUCAUGGAAUGUCCUGCAUUAUUUGCAAUGGAUUUUAAUUAACUCAAAAUCACUGCAAUUUGAAAUGCAUUUUCUGGGAAUUCCAACAGCAAACCCAUAAAGCGUCUUUGAGAACUGUGAAAAGCGCUAUAUAAAUGCGGAUUAUUAUUAUUAUUAUUAAUUAAUAAUAAUAAAAUAUCCUGGAGGGACUGAUUCGUAUGUUAGGAGGAUCUGCAGCCCGUUGCUUAGAUACUGUUUUGUGGAAGUAAACACCCUGUGCCAUGGUCUCAGAACUACAUUUGUCAUAAAUUGUCCCACUGUCGUUUUAAUAAAUACUUGAAAUGUUUUUGACCA